AUGAACCGACUGUUUGGCACGAAGAGCGCGGCCCCCAAGCCGACGCUGGACGGUGCAAUCUCGAAUGUCGACAAUCGCAUCUCCAGUCUGGACGUCAAGCUCGCCGCGCUCAACUCUGAGCUCUCCACCUACCAAGCCAAGAUCUCCAAGAUGCGUGACGGACCGGGCAAGAAUGCGCUCCGCCAAAAAGCACUCAAGGUGCUACAGCGCCGAAAACAGUACGAAGCACAGCGGGACCAGCUCUCGCAACAAUCGUGGAACAUGGAGCAGGCCGGCAUGAUGCAGGACAACCUCAAGAAUACGAUGACGACGGUGGAUGCGAUGAAGACAACAACCAAGGAGCUGAAAAAGCAGUAUGGCAAGGUGGACAUCGACAAGAUCGAGCAGAUGCAGGAUGAGAUGGCCGAUUUGAUGGAGGUCGGGAAUGAGAUCCAGGAGAGCAUCUCGCGGUCCUAUGAUGUCCCGGAGGAUGUCGAUGAGGCCGAGCUGGAUGCUGAGUUGGAGGCUCUGGGCGAAGAGUCUAUGUUCGAGAGCAACAUGGGUGAGAGUGCAGUGCCAAGCUUCUUGCAGGACGAGGUGGCUCCGCCGCAGUUUAUUGAUGAGCCGCCGGAGCAGACCAAGGUCAAGGAGGCUGCUGGUGGAUUGGGUUAA